AUGGGUGCCAGACACACUUUCCCCACCAACCGGCAACUUGAUUGUUGGCCUUGGCCAGAACCUUCCGAGCCCUGCUGCAUUGUCAGUCACCUACAGGAAUCUGAGAAUUGCUUCUUUUGUGACUCUCGGGACCAGGGAGGCCAUGGCAUUGAGAAUGUGAUCUGGAGUGGUGGUCGUGGCAGCAACAAGACCUGGUGGCAAGCAGAGAGUGGUGUUGAGAAUGUCACCAUCCAGCUGGACCUAGAGAGUGCCUUCUACUUUACCCACCUCAUCAUGACUUUCAAGGCAUUCCACCCAGCAGCUCUGCUCCUGGAGCGCGUAGUGGACCAUGGCCACUCCUGGCAUGUGUACUGAUACUCUGCCUACAACUGCUCAGGCCUUUUUCCUGGGAUCCGUCUUGCUCCUGGCCACAGAGUCAGUGACCUUGUUUGUGACCAGCAUUACUCUGACAUCAAGCCUUCCACUGAGGGCCAGGUAAUUUUCAAAGUUCUGGACUCAGCCAUUCUGGUGGAGAACCCAGACAACCCCAAGAUUCAGGAGCUCCUGCGUGUGACAAAGCUCCGUGUCAACUUCUCCAAACUGCACACACUGGGAGACAGGCCACUGGGGGGCCUAAAGCGACACCCCUUCUACUACUGUUCCCUUUAUGAGCUUGUGGCCAGAGGCAGCUGCCUGUGCCAUGGCCAUGCCUCUGAGUGUAAGCCCAUAGCUGGGAUCCCAGCCAAUGUGAAAGGCAUGGUGCAUGGCCUUUGCGUCUGCCACCACCACACAGCUGGUACCCACUGUGAGCGCUGCCAGGACCUGUACCAGAACCACCCAUGGCAUGCGGCAUAGCCUGGGCACCCUCACGCCUGCCAGGAAUGCAAGUGCAAUGGGCAUGCCCACAGUUGUCACUUUGACAUGACCUUAUAUCUGGCAUCUGGCAAUGUGAGUGGAGGCAUGUGUGACACACGUCAGCACAACACAGCUGGGCGCCACUGUGAUCUCUGCCAGCCCUUCUGCUGAGAUCCCAGGGAGGAUCCCCGUUCCCUUCACUCUUGCAAACCCUGUAACUGGGAUCCUGGGGGGACCCUGGAAGGGGGUUUUUGUGAUGCCCACACAGAUGAGACCCGUGGUCUCCUCUCUGGGCAGUGUUGCUGCAAAGUUCAUGUCUGGAGCCAGCGCUGUGACUUCUGCCAGCUUGGUCACUGUGGCCUCAGCCCCACCUAAACAGAAGGUUGCCAGCAUGAGUUACCCUGGGAGCGGACCCCAAACGCCAUGUCCUUGCUCUGCCCCCAAUCAAUGCCAUAAGAACACAUGCAUGCACCUACCUCUGCAGCAGUCCCAGUAGCACCCUUGGAGCCCUGUGCCCUAGCCUGCAGGUGUGACCCCUGGGGCCAGGUCCCUGGCACUCAUGCCUGUGAUCCCUCCAGCGGUACCUGUCACUGGCAAAUGCUUUGUCUCUGGAUGGGACUGCAGCUGUUGUCUGGUAAGCCUUCUGAUUUGACCUUGAUCUUGGGCAUUGAGCUUCAAGAAGCUGGUAAGUAUAAGGCUAUAAUCAGUGUGACUGUAGACUGAGCCUUACACAUGGGUUGGUUCAACUCCCUGAUCUGGUUAUCGGGGUCAAUGCCACCUCAGCUAGCUGAACCAGCAUAUGCCCCCAGGUGGGAGCUUUGGGGGCAUAAAAAGGAAAAGCGAUGAAACAAGUUACAACAGUUUUGGUUUAAAGAGCUAGGUUUAAAGGUGUUUUGCAACAAACAUGUUUGAAGGAACUCUCAGUCCAAGAAACAAUUCCACCCCUUUCUUGCCUCUCCUUGAAUGUAAAUCCUUUGUUUAACUUUUACUUUAACCCCUGCAGUGUCCUCACCUUAUCUCUUAAGAAGGUGUGCAUGAGUACAAUGGGGUCUCCUCACCCCCUCCCAGCAGCAAGCAGAGGAGCAUUCAAGCCUUGUGCUUGCGGCCUUUGUUCCUGCAACAGGCAGUCCCCGUACGUGACCUCGCAGGCUCCAGAUCUUGUCCUUUCUCCACGUCCUCGCUCUCUCUUACAGCCUGAGUUCUGGGGUCUGAGCAGUGACUCUCUGGGCUGCUGGCCCUGUGACUGUGACUUUGGGGGUGCCUACAGCAACAGGUAUAAGGCAGGGCCUGGGAAUGGGGAUCAAGCGGCAAGAAU